AUGGAGGAGUUACAGAAGACGAUGGAGGACGUGCUGAGUCGUUUCACCACCAUGGCCGCUGACAUGAAGGGGGUCACGGAGGAGGUCCGUGGUCUGCGUCAGCAGGUGGGGGAUUUCGGCGAGGACCUGGAUGUCGUCAAACUCCGCCUUGUCGAGAUGAACACGCACAAGGGAGCUGCGCCCGUGGAGAUCGUCACCGCGAACAAGGGGACCGCACACGCGCGCCUGGCGAACAAGGGCGCGCCGCUGCUCGGACAACCGGCGCCUUCAACCGGGUUCCACACCGCGCCAUCGUCGCCCAAGGACGGGGAUGAGCACCCAGAGAAUACUUCGGCAGGGGAUUAUGUCGUUCGUCCUCGUCGACAUGAUUUUCCGCGAUUCUCAGGUGACAAACCUCUACUCUGGGUAGAUCUCUGCCUUACCUAUUUCAACAUGUACCGAGUUCCUGAGCACCAUUGGGUGAGCUCGGCAACCCUGCAUCUAGAGGGCCACGCUGCGUUAUGGUUCCAGGCAUACAAGCGCACACAUCGUUUGCUGAAUUGGGAUGAUUUUAUGCAAGCCGUGGUAGAGGAGUUUGGGCAGGGCGAAUUUGAUGGGCAGAUGACCAAACUGUUACAGAUGAAACAGACAGGCUCAGUAGCAGAAUAUCGCUUGGGAUUUGAGGAAUGUAUGUAUCAUUUGAUCUCUUUGGAUGCAUCGUUGAGCACUAGAUGGUUUGUUUCCUAG